CUAAAGUCAAGAUGCUGUCUCUUGUUGUGAAAAUUUUGCUUUUCCUGCUAAUUUUUGGACUGAUAGCGUCCAAUGUUGUAGAUGGAAGCCGGUCAAUGCCAAUGAAGACCAAAAAUGGCGAGGAGGAACAAGAGCACAGCAGUAAGAACAGCACUUACAAACACCGCAAUCAAGAUGGCACUGUGACUGGCGAGGAGGACCAUGAGCACAGCAGUAAGAACAGUACUUACAAAAACUCCGACAAAGAUGACACGGAGCUUCGAGCAGUUGUCCCCCAGAUGGUUUUUAAUAAUCCUGACCAGCAAUGCUACACUCAAUUCUUUGUAGGUGGAGCUCCACCAACAGGUCUGCGAACUGGCCAAAACUUACAGAGUAUAAAGUACAUCUGCCAAAUGGUGAAUCAGCAGACUUACUAUGGGACCAUGUUUGACGAGGGUCGCGGUAUUGCUGUGUACUCAGGCUACACAUUGACAGGGGCAAAUGUGAAUUUUGUUCCGAAUCGACCAAGACCACAAUGGAGACCAACAGAAGGUAAAUACAGCUUACGCGAAGUAUAA